AACGGUCAUAAUUUUGGCACCGUAGUGAAUUCGGUCGAGCAUGUUCAUCUGUAGAACAAGAAAGUGUGUAUUUUUGAAAAUCCAAAAAACCCUAAUCUUUGUAGCAUGAGACGAAAGUCAUCCAUAGAUGGCUUCAACUUACACUCUCCAGCUUCAGUUUCUCUCGUUUCAGCCGUCGAUUUUGGCUCGGAAGCACUUGGUCUCCCUUACUGCGCUGGAAUUUAGAACUGGAUUCGGUUGCUUAAACCGUUCUCGGGUGACCACCGACGGUGGGAAGUUUCUAUUGAGAGCAAUUGGCGGUUCCAACGGCGUUAACCAGCAAUCCCUAGAUGAGCAAGUCAAGAACGAAAACGGCACCGUUAAGGAAAACCCAGUUGCCAACUUUCAAGGGCUUAUUCGCUCCUUGCCUCCCGUGGCUUUUAUGAUGAGAAGGCAAGCUGGAAGUAGCUUGGCAAUGGCGUUUUUUGCUGCAACUGUAGUUUUGGUUAUUACUGUGAGAUUGUAUGUCUCAAGUAAGGCAAGGUACAGCCAUCCUGGCUCUGUGGCUGAUCUUGUCAGACGUGGGCAGCUAAGAUCUGAUCGAAGAGGCAUCUCAAAGCCUUUAAUGUAUGAGGACCCAUUCAAUAAUCCAUUGGUGAAAGUUGGCAAGAGCAAUUCUACCAUAGAGAUGUGUGGAAAGGUUUAUCGCUUGGCUCCGGUUACUCUAACAGAACAGGAGCAAAAUGUCCAUCGGAAAAGGAGGUCACGGGCAUAUCAGUGGAAAAGACCUACAAUUUUUCUAAAGGAAGGGGACUUGAUACCUCCUGAUGUUGAUCCCGAUACAAUCCGAUGGAUUCCUGCAAAUCAUCCAUUUGCAACCACUGCCAGUGACAUUGAUGAAGAUUUGGCCCAGAACAAUGUAUAUCAAAAACAUGGUGUUCCAUUUCGUAUUCAGGCAGAGCAUGAAGCAUUGCAGAAAAAGCUUGAAGCACUUCAAAGUGACCAAAAGCUCAAUAAAUUAGUGAUCGACACUGGCAGUGCUAAAGAUUUUGAGAGACAAUUCAAGCCAAAGUCGUCUGAGCCUACAAAACAGAAUCCUUCUAGCAGUCAAGACAGUGAUUCUAGCUCCUCUAGAUUGGAUGAUGGCCCCAAUUCCUUCAAUAGCAGUUCAUUGUCUGAGGAAACAGGGAAACCUUAAAGCUAAUCUAGCUUCCAACGAAAGCAUAGUCACGAGCCUUGGAACUACAAGUACUGCCGAAGAUGAAGCAGAUACUCAUUUGAAGAUAAAGCCAUAAUUUUGAAGUUCAAUUGUGAAAGUGGAGAUCAGAUUGUAAAUAGAGUGGCGGCAUUGCAUGUCUUGUGUAUAUCUUCGGAUGGCUGGUCUGCCUCACCAUCCACGUCGAAAAUAGUUCGUUGUUUCUGUUUUACUGUUACGAUCGACCUGUUCGUUGUUUCCAAAAGCUUAUUUAGUGAAUCAAUUUUGCGUUGGUAAUUGGGGUAGCUCUGUUCCUAUGUUUUCUGUUCUAAGCAGCAUCAUUCUGAUUUCGAACAGGACAACAAUGAAGAUACUUUCUAUCA